AUGCUGGGCAAAGAGAAAAUGAAGAACUAUUUGGGCAGAGAAAACCACAACGCUUGGCCCUCCGAGGAGCAAAUGGGACCUGGCUGCCUGUGGGAGAGUAAAAAGUCAACAAUCCUCCACAGAACUAUCCGGGCAGGGACGACGAUGUCUUUCGGCGCUCCGCUUCAUCGCGCACUGACUCAUCACCUCAGCUCUUUGCUUCUACAGGGUUCCGGCUGA